AUGAUGCGUCGUGGGAAUUUGCAUAGGAUUCGUGCUGAAUUGCUGACGUGUCGACUUGUCAGGCGCCACGUGGUCGCCUCCUCGGAUGCCCUUUUUUCUCCAUCGUCAAAGAGAGGGAGAAAAAUACAACACGAGACCUGUCGGAGAAGCUCCCGCAUUUGGGAGAAAUGUCAAGAGGAGCGCACGCGGAGCUGGAAAGGGAGCCGCGUUCGAAGCUCUAAAUGGGCGGACCCAGCAGCCUCCCGCAAUGAAGAUCACCGGGAGAUCCCUAAUCCGGCCGAACGCCCCCGCCGCCGCCUCCCCCCGGGCGCCGAACCGCCCCCGCACCCAGAUCUGCCGCCCCAGGCGGCCAGGACCCCUCGCCGCACCCCCCGCCGGAAGGCCCGCCUGAGGAAGGCCGGGCCCCCCGCCGGCAAGCGGAGCAGCCGCCCCGAGACGCCUCUCCUCAAGUGGAACACGACCGAGGACAAGGUGCGGAACGUCCUCCCCGUCGACGGCGGCGACGACGAGGACAGCAGGUCGCUGCGCCAGGCCCGCCGGAGGAGCCGGCGGAGGGAUGCCCCGGUGUCGUCGAGGAAGCUCGCCGCCGUGCUCUGGCGGCUGCAGCUGACGGAGGCCGAGGGCGGGGGCCGCGGCGGCGUUCGAGACGAGGUCGGGUUUCAGUCUGGUGCUGGACACAUAGGAUCUCCUUUUGUAUUGAAUAGAACAGGGAAGGUGUGCAACUCAGAUGCAAGGGAUCUUGAUAGUCCUCGUUCGGUAUCUGGCACAAGGAAUGGCUUUUCGCAUAAGCUUGAGCCUUCUUUUCAAUUUGCAAGUUCUGCGAUGGAGGGUGUAACUAAGUGGGACCCAGUCUCUUUUAGAGUACCUGAUGAUGUACGUCAGAUUCACAGCCAUGUGAAACUUGUUAAUCAACAAGUGAGUGCCGUAUCAACCAUUUCUUCACUUGAAGCUGAACUUGAACGAGCUCGGGCACGCACUCUAGAGCUGGAAACUGAGCGUCGUUCCUCGAAGAAAAAGCUGGAGCACUUUCUAAAGAAAGUCAGUGAGGAGAAGGCAGCAUGGCGGAGAAGGGAGCAUGAGAAGAUUCGUGCCUUUGUUGAUGAUAUUAAAUUGGAUCUGAAUCGAGAAAGGAAAAAUCGCCAGCGCAUGGAAAUUGUCAAUUCCAAAUUGGUUGACGAACUUGCUGAGGCCAAGCUAUCAGUAAAGCGAUUAAUGCAGGAUUAUGAAAAAGAAAGAAAGACCAGAGAACUAAUCGAAGAAGUAUGUGACGAGCUGGCAAAGGAGAUUGGGGAAGACAAAGCUGAAAUGGAGGCAUUGAAGAAGGAAUAUAUGAAACUACGGGAAGACGUAGAAGAGGAAAGAAAGAUGUUGCAGAUGGCAGAGGUCUGGCGUGAAGAACGAGUUCAGAUGAAACUUGUGGAUGCAAAGGUGGCACUUGAGCGGAAAUAUUCUCAGAUGAACAGUUUAGUAGCUGAUCUGGAGAAUUUCUUAAAAUCAAGAAACCAUACCCCAGAUGUGAAGGACAUAAGAGAAGCAGAGUUACUUCGGCAGGCAGCUGCUUCCAUGAAUAUACAGGACAUGAAAGAAUUCUCUUACGAGCCUCCCAAUUCUGAUGAUUUAUUUGCCGUUCUUGAAGAAGUUAAUAAUUUUGGCGAAAACAAUGAGAGGGAGAUUGAACAAUGCACAGCUUACAGUCCUGCAAGUCCUGCCUCAAAAAUGCACACAGUGAGCCCCGAAAUAAACACAUUGGAAAAGGACAACAUCAACAGAUAUCCCUCAUCUUUCCCUGGUCAUGAUGGUGAGAUUGAAGAUGAUGAGAGCGGAUGGGAAACUGUGAGCAACCUUGAAGACCAGGGAUCAAGCUAUUCCCCAGAUGGGAGUGCCCCAUCCGUGAACAAUAUCCAGCAAAAUGGGGAUAUCUUAGCUAGCGGCGGUGAAACCCCAGUAACUGAAAUCAGUGAAGUGUGCUCAAUUCCUCCUACGAGGCAACAGAAGAAAGUUUCAUCAAUAGCAAGGCUCUGGAAAUCAUGUCCAAAUAACGGGGAGAACUACAAGAUAGUCUCGGUGGAGGGCACGAAUGGGAGGAUGUCCAAUGGGAUGAUAUCCAAUGGGGCCGUCAUGUCUCCUGAUCAUGGGUCCGGUAAGGGCGGGUUUAGCCCAUCUGAUAAUGUUAGCCAAUGGAGUUCCCCUGAUACAGGGAAUCCCCACAUAACUCGAGGCAUGAAAGGCUGCAUUGAAUGGCCUCGCGGCGCGCAGAAGACCAGUCUGAAGGCGAAGCUUCUUGAAGCAAGGAUGGAAAGUCAAAAGAUCCAGUUACGGCAUGUAUUGAAACAGAAAAUGUAGCCGUGAAUUCUCAUGCAGCCAAGCAAGGCGGUCCUCUUCACGUCGAUAAGCUGGAGUCCGGUCAAGUACACAUUCCUGGAUGUGCGAAGAGCAUAGGGGCCUUCACCAGUGCUCCUGCGCCCCACCUCGUUUCAUGAAUGAUUAUUAAUAAUAGUUCAAUUUUUUCUAGUUAGGAUUAGGAAUUAUGAUCUUCGUCUUGAUAUUGCUCGAGAUUCUUGGUUCGACAUCGGCAAUGUAUAUCUGGAAUUGGAACUGGGACAGAAGCAAAUCUUGUAAUGUCUAGUAAUUACAGCCGGCUAGUUUCCAGAAUGCUAUAUAUUGGACCGCGAUAUCGGGUUUUGUUGUAAACUAUGUGAUCAUAAUCAUCAUGUCUGCAGAUUUUUGCA